UGGAUCUGCAGGUCACGGCUCUGCUGCAAAUCUGGGGGCGGUUCAUUCGCGUACCGCUGAAGAGCUUAAUUAACGGCACGUCACGUGGUUCUUUACCAUUUCGAAACGAAUGAUACCAGCAGAGGACACCUGAGCCGAGCCCCACCAGCUCAUUUUUCCCAAGGCAAAGCUCUGUGACACCACCCAACGAACAGCCCAGCACUGAAAUCACAGCCCUGCCCAGGAUCCGGCUGCCCCUCCUGGCCCCUCCAUGCACAGUGGCCUGUGCUCGGUGCAGGGCUGAGGCUGACGGUUCUUCCCUCCCAGCCCCUCCUGCCACACUGCACUGCUGCAUUCCACCUCCUCACUUCUGAUUCACACCAUUAAAACCAAGAUUGGUGCUGGGAGUCGGAGCAUCUUUGGUUAAUAAGUGCUAUUUUAACACGAGCCCGUGGAGAGCCCAGCACAAGGCCCUGAUUUCUGUCCCAGAUUUCCACCAGGCAAGGUCAGGAUUCACCAUCUCAAUGGAUUUCUUUGCAGAGCACACACAGCGAUGUGUUCCCUCUCCUUUCCUCUGAUCGUUGGUGUUUUUCUCAGUGGUUCUGAAGGCCAAACCCCGAGUGCUGACUUUGCAGUGCACCCACUGCUCCGCUUUCCAUUUUCUCAGGCAAGUUUCUUCCUACUUCGACUGUUCCUGGCAUUGUCCUGCUAUGGCUGUGCUCCUUCUGUAGGAUCUGGAAGGCAUUGGCAGCAAGUGCUGCAGGAGCAGAACAAGGAGUCCUCACCCACUCCAAGUGGGUUUAUCACAGCUGUCUCAUUUCAGUACAGCUCAUAGCAGCACCCAAACUCCGAGGACUGCAGUGCAGUAAAUGCUUCCCUUUUGUUCUCAUUAUCUCUGCCUUAAACUUCUCUCGAGGCAAUCGCAUUAUCCUGCGUAACGUCGCCUUGAAUUUCACUUCCCCUUCAUCACCCUGUGACCAGCUGUGUGGAGCCCAUUGCACUCACAUCACCCAGCAAACAGCCCAGGGAUGGGGCAGGGACCCCGACACCCCAGGGGAAAUGGAUGCUUAUUGCACAGACGGUGAUUCAUCCUCGGUAGGGGCACUUUAUCCUGAAUUAUGGCCUUAAGAGAGCGAUUUCAGCAGGGGAUGUGCUGCUUUCCUCCUGCAGCUCCUCUGUUCGUGUCCACCCACCUCCUUGCCGUGUCCUCAAGUGCAGUUGCAUCAGUUAUCCAAUGCCCUCAGCUCUGCCCUUGCCUUCCACUGUCAUCCUCAGCACACAGGAAGCAGCUUUGGCCUUCCUAGAGGAGGAGCCAACUCAUGGCCAUUUUUCUCCUUCUUUUUGCCAUUUUUGCCUUCAUCUCACCAACAUUAAAAGGACAACAGGUCACGCAGUCCCAGCACAGCACAAGCAUCGAUUCACAGCAGUGCCAUCCCCAGCUGUCCUGUGUGACAGCCAUUAAGGGCAUGAAUAGGUGAACCUUUAUGAGGGUUUCAAGAUCAAAACAAUGCAAAUUCCUCCAAAACCUGGAGCUGAAGGAAACAUUCAGGCUCUACUCCACACCCAGAAGUUGUGACCCAAUCCUGACUCUGGGCUUCACACUGAUGGAGUCUGACCAGCAAAGAAAGGGAGAGUUCCGAACUGCUUUCUCUUUGUAAUUAAGCUAAUGAAACAAUCAAAUCUUAAGAAAAGUAAUGUGAUCUAGUGCUGCCCUAAAGCUGAUUGUUCCUGAUAACAAACUGAACUUGGCAACAUAGACAUCCGUUGUGCAUCGCUUUAGAUGACACUGUGAAUCAACAGAGUGCAGUCAGCAAAGUUGGUUUUGUCUUCCCUAAAAAUUUCACAUGAUGGGAAAGAUUUGAAGAGUAGUGGAUAUUUCCUGUACUCAUGUGCUGCGCUUCCCAGGAAGGUGACAGACGGGUUCUGGAAGUCAAUGCAAUGAUUGGUUCGAAAUAGUCUAAAACACUGCUGAUGGAGAUUAAUUAGAUUAAUUAGUGUCAUUUUUCUCUGGGGUUUUGUGCCAUAUUAGGAUGGUGGAGAUCAGCACCCCAACUCGCUCAGUUGGAACUGCUCACAGUGCGCCCUGCCCAGCCCCGCAGCCCUUCAGCAUCACGAGAAGCAAACGGGGUAUUUUUAAUCCCGAGAAGUCAUCCGUUUGAUGAAAGCUAAUCGCAUUUGCAUUCCCCCCCCCAGCACUGUUUCAAUUCCACGCCGGCUGCUGGAGGGCAGUGGAGCAGCCCAGCACCUGGCCGUCCAGCCGGGCAGCGCUCCAUCCCGCUCCCCGCACCAGGUACCACGGCUGCGAUGCACGGCGACGUGUGCACACAUGCACACCCACAAGCUGCUUAUUCUCGUGUCAAUUGACUCCCUGUAAGUGCUGCCUAGCUACCGGCACGGCGGAGCCAUCUCUUCUCCUCCCGCAGCCUCUGCCUGCUGCCACCAGCAGCCCUAAUCCCCCCAGAGCUGUGGAGCAGAGCGGCAGCGCCGGGGUCCGACUGGCUUUGUUCCUGCUGACUUGGCAUUCCCUGCUUCCACUCUGGAGGAGAUGGGCCGCAAGGAAGAGGAUGACAGCAGCUCCUGGAAGAAACAGACGAGCAAUAUCAGAAAGACGUUCAUUUUCAUGGAGGCGCUGGGAUCAGGUGCGUUUUCAGAAGUUUUCUUGGUGAAACAAAGAAGCACUGGGAAGCUCUUUGCUCUGAAGUGCAUCAAGAAGUCCCCGCUCACAAGGGACAGCAGCUUGGAGAACGAGAUAGCAGUGCUGAAAAAAAUAAAGCACGAAAACAUCGUGACUUUGGAAGAUAUCUAUGAGAGCACAACCCACUUCUACCUGGUGAUGCAGCUGGUGUCGGGUGGAGAGCUGUUCGACAGGAUCUUGGAACGAGGGGUCUACACUGAGAAAGAUGCGAGCGUGGUGAUCCACCAGGUCCUGACAGCUGUGAAAUACCUGCAUGAAAACGGGAUUGUCCACCGUGACCUGAAGCCUGAAAACCUUCUUUACCUCACUCCUGAAGAGAACUCCAAAAUCAUGAUUACAGACUUUGGUUUGUCCAAGAUGGAGCAGAACGGCAUCAUGUCCACUGCCUGCGGGACGCCAGGAUAUGUUGCUCCUGAAGUCCUCGCCCAGAAACCGUACAGCAAAGCUGUGGACUGCUGGUCCAUCGGAGUCAUCACCUACAUCCUGCUGUGUGGGUACCCACCUUUCUACGAAGAGACCGAGUCCAAGCUGUUUGAAAAGAUCAAGGAAGGCUACUACGAGUUUGAGUCUCCUUUUUGGGAUGACAUCUCCGAGUCAGCCAAGGAUUUCAUCAGGCACUUACUGGAGAAGAACCCGGACACAAGGUUUUCCUGUGAAGAAGCCCUGAGGCACCCAUGGAUUAAUGGAAAUACAGCCCUUCACCGUGACAUAUACCCAUCUGUCAGUGCUCAGAUACAGAAAAACUUUGCAAAGAGCAAAUGGAGGCAAGCCUUCAAUGCCGCAGCCGUGGUGCACCACAUGAGGAAGCUGCACAUGAAUGGCCACGCCACGGCUGGCAGCACCCACCCAAUUAUACAAGGCUCUGAAGCACCCAGACCCAGCACACCCAACACCACGCAGCCAGCCAUGCCCAGCAAGGACGAGGACAUGUCACUGCCCCAGGUCCCCUGUCCGGCCCCUCCUGCUCCGCUGGAGCAAGGCACAGGAAUGAGAGAGAGCAAGCUGCAAAGCCCCCCAGUGAAUGGAUCACCAGACAACCAGAGCCCGCCAGCCAGAUCGUGUGGCUGCAGCCCAGUGUGCACAGGGCAUGAGAGAGCCAAGGCAUCCUUCUGCUCCGAGAUGGCGCUCCUUAAAAAACCUGCAAAAUCCCACCAUUUCAAAUCAGAAGUUCUCGUUCCAAUGAAGACUGGUAAGCACUCAUCUCACUGUGGCACUGGGCAAACUGGAGUUUGUUUGAUCAUGUGAUGAGGAAGGCAGCCAGCAGGAUCCUCCAUCGCCAUGGUAUUUUGUAACAGAGAAAGCCCUAAUUAAGCCAUCUCUUGAGGAAGAAGUCAUCCUUUGACUUCCAGGUGGACCAGCCCACUGGCUCUAAAAUCAAUUGGUUUCAAAGGCAAUUAUUGCCUGAACAGCCCCUCCUUGGCCCAGAUUUGGUCCAGCUGGGUCAGUUCCAGUUGCUUUGUUAUCAGCAUGACAUGGAGAUGGUGGCUGUGUAGGUGAGCAACAAAUGCCAGAGAAGUAAGAAAAUGAAAGUUUCCUCCUGUUUGGUCAUAGCUCAGAUUGAUUCCGAAAUUAACAUUUGAGACAUGUUGUGUAUAAGCAGUAGGAAAUACUGCUAUUAGAUUCUGGCUGAGAAGAUGUUCCAAAAAGGUGAGCAUGGGCCAGCAUAAAUCUCCCUGGAAACUACAUCAAGUGAGCUGCAUCUUAUCAUCUUUUAUGACCUUUUCUACUGAUGAGAUCACACGAACAGAACUGUAACGUACAAAGGAUCAAUAGAUGAGACAAAUGGAAGUAAGAUCUACUACAGACUCCAAACAGGUCAAUUCCAGCGAUCAGUCAUGUAACAGCCUUUUAUAAAUGCAGCAUACAAAAGGAACUAAGCAGCUCCUAACCCCCGUGCUGCUGCCGCCUAUUAACAGAGCACACUGUGAAGGCAGCAGUCUAGCGAAACAAAGUUCAAUUCCCAAUUGAAAUUCUCACUCUUGCAGAAACAGAAGGGCUGUUUUACUCUUUUCUGCACUUCAAAGCCAGACAUCAACAGUGCAAGCAAGAAGAAAGGAUGUUGUGUCCCGCCAGGGGCUGACAGGCAGCAGCGUCACGGAGAGCAGCGUCGCGGUGAUGAGCAGCACAGAAAUGCUGGGAAUCCAUCAGCGCGGCGACCUCGGCCUGCUUCUGAUCGUUAAUGCUGGGAGAAGGCACUUUAGCAAGGGAAAGUCUGAGGCUGCUGCUAGCACAGUGUAUAUUAUCCAUACCACACUGCUCAACGCUGUAAGCUUUUGUUUUCUGUAUACUGUUAAGUUGUCCGAUGCAUAACAAGUGCACUGCACAGCAUAAAUCCUAUAAACCAAAGCCAUGCAGAGUUUUAUUCAGUGGCAGCUCAGUUAUUUUUACAACCUGCAUCCUUCCCAUUCCUUCGAUUUUGGUUUCUCCCAGGCUUCAGCUCUCUGCAGCUCAGUGCCAAGCAGCUGCCCAGGCUGCGUGGUUCUCACUUCAGCUACAAAAGGAGACAACCUGCUAGCAACCUCCCUAUGUCUGUUAAUAACCACAGCGAGGUCUAAAUUCCCUGCUUCCAAGUCUGUAAUUGCACAAUAAAUACUUGCUUAAUAAAGCUGACUUUUGUUUUGUAAAGUGCCUGUUGGUUAUUCGUAGAAAUGUGAUGUGGAAAUGGUCUAUUAAGUCCCUUCUGAAGCAUCCCCUGAGCAGCUGCAGAACUGCUCGCUCUGAUAUUUUUCUGGCAAAGUGUUACACAGUAAAUAAGAAGAUUGUGGCAGAAAGUCAAAGAAGACAUUCAGCAUCACACGUUUUGAGUAUGAGAUUGCAUUUCUCCUAGUUGCAGAAAUAGAGGUUUGCUAUGUAGAUACGACGGAGAUAAAAUUCUCCAUUUCUGUGAUCUGAAUCUUUGACGAAAAAUCUAGGAGGGAAGGACAGCAGCCAUGGCAAGUUCUAAGCAUGAACUGCAUUGCCCCACAUAAUGGGUUUUGUCUGAAUAGCAAAUCCAGCUACAAAAGCUUGAAUUGGUUAAAACAUGAACAACUUUUUUUUUUUUUAACCUCUCUGGAAAUAACAAUGUGGGGGAUGUGCGUAUUUGUAGCUGAAGUUCUGUGUCUGUCCUUCUCCUCCAUGCCCAGGUAGCUUCAAGUGUACCAACCAGCACGAACCCACCGAGGGGUGUUCACCCCUUUGGCUCGGUGCAGCUCCUUUCCAAAAGGACAGAAAUCCCAUUUGCUAAAUAUACAGACAUUAGGAAAGUGAGAAAUCCUGCCAGAAAAAUGGGAAUCAACACAGCAGUCGGUGUCUGCAGCAGGAAGGUGCAGCCUCACUCA